CAUACACUUGAAAGUUGUUACAAAACCAAAAAAAAAAACUCAACCUUAAUUUUAUUAAUCUUAUCCACCGGAGUACAAAAAAAAAGGGUGGCGGUAAUGGCUUCGGUGGCGGCAUCGACGGCGGCGGCGUGCCUAGGAAAGUCAGAAAUGUUGGGAAACCCACUCAACUUAAGAAAUGCCACUUCUAGUACUCCUAGUAGCACCUCAAGUGUUGGUCCUUGUAAGAUAGUAGCCCUUUUUGGUAAGAAGAAGGCGGCUGCUCCUACUAAGGCUAAGCCCGCUGCCGUAUCGGCCACCGACGAUGAGCUCGCUAAAUGGUAUGGUCCUGACCGUAGGAUCUUCUUGCCUGAUGGUCUUUUGGACCGCUCUGAGAUCCCUGAGUACCUCAAUGGAGAAGUUCCUGGAGACUAUGGUUACGACCCUUUUGGUCUCGGCAAGAAACCAGAGGACUUUGCCAAAUACCAAGCAUAUGAGUUGAUCCACGCCCGCUGGGCCAUGCUUGGUGCAGCUGGUUUCAUUAUCCCAGAAGCCUUCAACAAAUUUGGCGCUAAUUGCGGUCCUGAAGCUGUUUGGUUUAAGACUGGUGCCCUGCUGCUAGAUGGGAACACCUUGAACUACUUUGGAAAGAACAUUCCCAUCAACCUUAUUGCUGCUGUUGUUGCUGAGGUUGUUCUUCUUGGUGGUGCUGAGUACUUCAGAAUCACCAAUGGUUUGGACUUGGAGGACAAACUUCACCCAGGAGGUCCAUUUGACCCAUUGGGCCUAGCCAAUGACCCAGACAAGGCAGCCUUGUUGAAGGUGAAAGAGAUCAAGAAUGGUAGACUUGCAAUGUUUUCAAUGUUGGGCUUCUUCAUUCAAGCCUAUGUGACAGGCCAAGGCCCAGUUGAGAACUUGUCUGCUCAUCUUAGCGACCCCUUCGGUAACAACUUGCUCACUGUCAUUUCUGGAUCUGCUGAAAGAAUUCCCACCUUGUAAUUUUCUACUAUGAAUCAGCAGUUCAUUAGUGGCCUUUAAUUUGUACAUCUUGGUCCAAGAACAAAAACCUACAUUUUGCAAGGCUCACCAUGUUAAUGUUAAUCUAUCUACAACUAUGAUUUUCCAUAUGA